AUGAGCUUUGGCUUCGGUGUCGGUGAUUUCCUCGCGGUCUUGCAGUUAGCAAAUGACUUGCGAGGCCGCUUUGCGCAAGCACCGAGGGAGUACAAAGCCAUUACGGAAGAGGUCGAGUCCCUUAUUAUUGUUCUCAACCGCAUCGACAGCUUUGAUGAAGAGCAGUUGAAACAACAGAAAGAUGAUGUGAGCCAAGUCAUCCAGAACUGUGACAAUGUUCUUCAGGACCUUGACUCUAGGCUACGAAAAUUUCACGUUUUCGCAAAGGACUCAACUCCAGACUGGACGGACAAAGUGCGCCAGGCGUGGAAAAGGGUCCGAUGGGACCAAGCAGAGAUCAACAAUUUUCGAUCUCGAAUCGUUGUGAAUAUUUCUCUACUGAACCUCAUAAUAAGCAAGGCCAACCAAAUUUCGGAGAGUAGGCAUGAAAUCCAAACUCUUAAUCAAAAACAAGAAGAUCAUGAGCGCGACAGGAUCCUGAGUUGGCUGAGUCCAUCGAGCCCGUCACUACGGCAAAGCGAAGUAUUCAAUUCUCAUCAAAAGGGAACGGGGACAUGGCUUCUGAAAACAGAGGACUUUCAGCGAUGGAUCAGCAGUCAAAAUCAGGUUCUCUUCUGUCCUGGGAUCCCAGGCUCUGGAAAGACAGUCCUCUCAUCAAUAAUCAUUGAUCAUCUAGAGCAAACGUUUCCCAAUCAAGACGACGUCGUGAUCGCAUAUCUCUUUUGUGAUUUUCGGCAGCAGCAUGCACUUGUUCAGCUCUACUCGGCUCUUCUGAGACAAGCCGUACAACGAAAACGCUCGAUACCGGAAAGUGUCAAAUCAUUUUACAAAAAGUACUCUACAAAAGCAACCAUUCCUUCGGAGGAUGCGAUACUCGGUGAAUUACGAUCUGUUCUUGCUUCGUGCGAAAGAGCUUUUGUAGUGAUCGAUGCACUUGAUGAAUGUGCAAUUUCUGAUGGUAACCACACCGUUCGCCAUUCAUUUAUUCGUGAGCUUGUUCAGUUACAGAAAGAAGAGGGGUUUAAUCUCCUUGCGACUUCCCGACAAGACCAGGAAAUUGUGGCUCACUUUGAGGGGUUUCCUUCCGUGGAAAUACAAGCGAGCAGUGAAGACAUUCAGUACUACGUUGACGUUCGUUUGAAUGACCUUCCGUCUUUUGUUCGAAAAAGAGAGAAAUUGAAGGAGGCAAUCAAGGAUGGUAUCACCGAGGCAGCCAAAGAGAUGUACGAAUUUAUCUGCAGUCGCAUUGAAGAGGUUCUAAUAUGUCUUAGGUUUCUUCUUGCUUGGCUUUAUUUAAAUAUUCUCUCGGACGAAUCGAACGAAAAGGGGAUUCGAAGAAUGCUAGAAGUGUUUCGCACUGGCUCUCAGUCCAACGCUUAUGAUCAUGCCUAUAGUGAAACUGUGAGCAGAAUCGAGCGUCAAGGGGCAAAUGCGUCAGCCCUUGCGAAGAAAACCAUCGGAUGGAUCAUAAACGCUAAAAGAUCUCUGACGACUGCCGAGCUUGAACAUGCCCUGGCGAUUGAGCUUGAGACUUCCGAAUUUGAUGAGACAAAUAUCACCGAUGCUGAGCAAUUGACUUCGUAUUGCUGUGGUCUAGUUCUUGUCGAUGAACAAACGACCGAAGUGAAACUUGUCCACUACACCACUCAAAAGUACUUUGAACGCACCUUGAAGAGUUGGUAUCCCGAGAUUCUGGAAGAUAUCACGAACAGCUGUUUGACAUACGUGUCAUACGACGUAUUUGAGGAAGACCGGUUUGAGGCCAAAGAAGAGGUUGAACGAAUCCCUGUCGAAUACCCGUUCUACUCCUACUCCUCUCUGAAUUGGGGACAUCAUUUCCGGGAAGCUCCUGGAGACCGGUCGAUACUCUUGAAAUUUCUUCAGAACGAAGCCAAAUUGAUUGGAUAUGACCGCUGCGGCUUUGAGCCUCUGAAUUGGAAACCCAGCCCCAAAACCAGUGAUAUAAAGGCAGAACACAUUGCGGCCUAUUUUGAUCUGGAGCAUCUGAUGCAAGAGCUUCUUGAGACAAACCCGAACAAUUUGAACAUUCAAGAUUCGAGAAAACAGACGCCAUUGUUCCUGGCCGCAAGUCACGGGCGUGAAUCAGUGGUAAAGCUGCUUUUAAAUAUGGGCGCCAAGGUUGAUCUUCCAGACAAGGAUGGCAAAUCACCAUUACAUGAGGCUGCGGAAGAAGACUAUGAAAAGAUAGCCCAGAUACUCCUGGACAAGGGCGCCGACAUUGAAAUGAGAAAUUCAAACAACUAUACUCCAUUAUACCUCGCCGCAGGCAGGGGCUAUGACACAAUGACCACGUUGCUUCUAGAUAGAGGCGCCAAUGUCGACUCUAUGAGCGAUGAUGGUAGGACGGUAUUGCAUGCGGCUGCAAUGCACGGUACUGUGACUGUCGUCAAGGCGCUCCUAGACAGAGGCGCCAACCCCGAAAGCAAGACCAAGGCUGGUGAGGUCCCGUUGCAUGAUGCAUCGUUAAACGGCAACUGGGAGGUCGUCAAACUGUUUUUGCAGAAGGGUGUAAGCCCCGACAUAGCCAACGACGAAGGCGAAACGCCGCUACUUAAGGUUUCUGAAUAUUUUCUCUACCAUUGGACCAAUCAGAAACAGCACAACGCCACAUUCGAGCUUCUCCUUAACAAGGGUGCCAGCACUGAAUUGGCUGUCGAGAAAAAGCGUGUGGAAACUGUCAGAAUUCUCCUAGACCGGGGAGCCAGCGUUGAUACCAUGAGUCGAAGUAGACAAACACCAUUGCACAUCGCAGCAAAAACAGGCAAUAAGACCAUAGUGAUGAUGCUCUUAGACAAGGCCGCCAAGGUCAAUGUCUUCGAUUUAUUUGGCCAGACUCCAUUGUUCUGGUCUUCUUUGGGCGGACAUGAGUCUGUGUCAGGGCUGCUCUUAAACAAAGAUGCCAACCCCAACCCCAACCCCCCGUGCUCUGGACCCCAACAAUUACCCUCGGCAAACAUCGAAGGUGGCCACGAAGUAGCUCUGAGGGCUUUGUUUGAAGAACAAAGCAGCCCUGAUCAAUUCAAUGUCUAUCAUCGAACUGCUUUUCAUAUGGUGAGUGCCAUAGGGCACACAUCGAUGGCAAGACUUUUGCUUUCAGCUGGAGCAAAGCCGGAUACCCCAGAUCGAUACGGAAGAACACCACUGUUUAAUGCUGUCUGUGGAGGCCAUUCGGACAUGGUUCAACUGUUACUCGACUUGCCAGGGGUUGACGGAUCCCGUCCCGACAUCUGGGGGCUGACCCCUGCUCUCGAGGCCCGGAAGAGGAAGUUACGUGAGAUCAGGGGCCUCCUUAAUGGCAAAAUUGGAAACCUAGAAGCAGGUAGGGAAUCAAGUGCAGAAUCAAGCGAAGAACCAAGCGCAAAAUCAAGCGCAAAAUCAAGCGCAGAAUCAAGAGCAAAAUCAAGCGUGGAGUCCCCAUCCGUGGCACAGGAUGAUGAUGGAUUUUGUGAUAUUUGCCUAGGACGCCUUUCGGAGGAAAAGGAGUUCUAUUCGUGUGACUAUCUCAAACUGGAGAAAGAGAUCUACAAGCCUCCCUCGACCUCGACCCCGCUCGCGGACCUAUGCGUGUGCAUGUAA